AUGACUGGGAGAGGAAAAUCACGCAAAGAGUCAACAAAACGUCCAGGAGAAAGCAGAGCAAAAAGCCCAACUCCGACUCGGACCAGGAGCGCCAGACAGACUAAAGGGCCCAGGGGUCCUCAAUACGCCCAGGACACGUGCGUAACGGAGUCAGGACGCAUUCCAAAUCCCGUCUCGGACCCCUCGCCAAAAUCAGCCUCCUGUAACCCGGAAGAUUCUAACCACGUGCAGCAGGUUGUUAAAAAUGUAGAAACAACGGCUCGCAAGAAAUUUCCAAGGAAAGGCAAUAGCGUUGAGAGUACAGAUGGACAGAGCGCUGACAGAAAUGAAAAUGCGCCCCAGGGGAUUGCCAAGAAACUGACCAGAAGAGGCAGUAGCUUCGAAGGGAAUCCAAACAAAACUCUCACAUCGACACUUGAAAAGUUAAAGUUAAGGAAAGUUGACAGAUCAGAAGCAACAAGACACGUUAAGGAUGCUGUGAAGGCCAUAGAAGAGCAGUUGAAACAGUUCCCGUGGUUUAAAGACAUAAAAGAACUGAACACAGGAAGCUACUUCGAGAACGUCAAGAUUGGCGAACCCGAUGAAUUUGAUGUGAUGAUGGUAGUCCCUGUGGAAAGAGUGGACAUCCAACCUUUUGGUGACGAUGGCGCGUUUUACAGCGUCGCCCUCAAACGUCCCAGUAAGCACCAACUGGAUCGCUUUCUCGAUCAGGAGAAGAGGAUCAAAGCCAGUGAAAUGUUAAAUGAGUUUAGAAAAGUCGUGGUAGAGGCUGUCAGUACCCUUGAGGGUGUAGACGUGACGCGCAAGAGACCAGGGUGUCCUGCAGUGACACUGAAGCUGAGGGACACCAUUGAUGUGGACAUUGUCCUUGGCUUGGAGGUUCAUGGAAGCUGGCCGAACUUCACCACGGAUGGAUUCAUGAUUGAGAACUGGCUGGGAAGGAAAGAAAAGAGGGUUUACAGACUAAAACCAUACUACCUCGUACCGAAAUACACCGGCCGAGGCGGUGCAGAGUGCGACGGGGUUGUUGCUAAAGACGCUUGGCGCAUCUCUUUCUCGCACGUUGAGAAGGACAUUCUGAUGAAACACGGUCACGCAAAGACGUGUUGUGAGAAAAACGCAACACCGUGCUGCAGGAAGAAGUGUCUGAAGUUGUUGAAGUACCUGCUUGCACAGCUGAAGGAGAAGCACCAAAAGGAAUUAUCCAAGUUCUGCUCCUACUAUGCUAAGACCACGCUGUUCCACGCUUGCGCCGAGAGAGUAGAGGACAGCGACUGGGCGGUAGAUCGCCUGAGUGACUGUUUUCAGCAGCUACUGCAGGAUUUUGAGGGGCAUUUAAGAUCUGGCUCUCUUCCAAACUUCUUUAUCCCUACACAAAACCUACUCUGUGGUCUGGACAGGAAAAGCUGCAGAUUCCUUGCAGACCGAAUUGAAGAACAGCGGAAUAAUGGCUUCCCCAUCUUUACCUGA